AUUGAUGAUGAGAUAAUAUAUGCAGUACAUAUGAUACAUUAAUCUGAAGCUCCCUUGGCUCAACACCAUCUCUUCGUGAUUACUGCUGGAAGUGACCUUGAGGAAAACUACACCGAGACCUUCUCUUCAUUCUUCCAUUGCCAGUUUAUACCCCAUUGAACCGCACCUCCUUUAUUCCAAAAGCAUAUCGAAAAGUCACAGUUUCACUACCCCAAAUCCCAAUCAACAACAACAGCAAUUCCCACCCUCCGAUUUUAAACCCCCCAAAAUGCCACCAACCAACCUCCUAGCCUCCAAAACCGCCAUCAUCACCGGCGGCACAACCGGCAUUGGCCGCGCCAUCACCCUCGCCUUUCUCGCCCAAGGCUGUUCCGUAGCCGUUAACCACCUCGACCUCCCGCGCGACCGACACCACGUCGACUCUUUAAUUGCCGAAGCCGCAGCCCUCAAGUCUUCCUCCUCUUCCUCCUCUUCACCGCAGCACACAACAAUAGGCUCUCUAGCCUUACUACCCGGCGACGUCCGCGACCCGUCCACCGGUCCAGCCCUAGUCAAGUUCGCCCUCGACACCUUCAAGACCAACCGCCUCGACAUUUGCGUCUCCAACGCCGGUAUCUGCCAAUUCGCCGAUUUCUUAGACAUGGAUGCCGACUUAUUCAGCAACACGGUCCGCACCAAUCUCGACGGAGCAUUCUACGUCGUCCAAGCGGCAGCCAGACAGAUGGCGCGUCACCAGGAUCCACCCGGGGGGUCAAUAAUAGGCAUCAGCUCCAUUUCGGCUUUGGUGGGAGGAGCAGGGCAGACGCAUUAUACGCCCACGAAAGCGGGGGUGUUGAGUCUGAUGCAGAGUAUGGCGUGUGCGUUGGGGAGGUAUGGGAUUAGGUGUAAUGCUAUACUGCCGGGGACGGUGGAGACGCAGUUGAAUGAAGGGGAUUUGAACGCUGACGAGGAAGAGGGAAGGGAGAAGAGGAGGUAUAUGGAGGGACGGAUACCGCUGGGACGAUUGGGACAACCAAAAGAUGUGGGUGGGCCGGCGGUGUUUUUGGCGUGUGAGGAGUUGAGUGGGUAUGUGACGGGGGCGCAGGUGUUGGUUGAUGGGGGAUUGUUUGUUAAUUUGCAGUGAUUAGGUUGGGAGGGGAGUGUAACCCAAGGGGUGGAAAUAGUUGAUAGGUAUGAUGAACAUCAUCUCUGCCAGGAAGGGUAAGUAAAAAGAAGAAAUUCUUGGCUUGAAAGGUAGUCGACAUUGAGGUGGUGAAUGACGGACUACUCCAACCCAACCCUACUAGUCUC